AUGACAACACGACGUGCCCAUGGCGUGCUUUUUAACCUUCAGGAUACACAGCAAUGGAGAGAGGUAAAUGUCAAGUCCAUCGACAAGGAUCUCAAAGCCAGGAUUUCCUCCUACGGUGGCGUCGUUGUGGUUGCCGACAAAAAGUCUACGCGGGCCACAAGAGCCAAUACAUCCGAGCCUGUGUCUGGAUUUCUUUAUCACCGCAUUGAGCCAGCAAGGAUUUACUCGGAUGCACAGGCAUGGUGGAUGGAAGAGAUCACUGUCAUAGGGGCAGCCAAGACGACUGGAUGGAACUCUUCAGAGGACCCUUAUUGGAAAACUAUUUUGAAUGAAUUUCAAGAGGUAUCUCUAGACUACCAAGACGGGUUGGUCCAGGUCAUAGAUCCGCAAGGAUUCUUCUGGGGCCAAUUGUGCGCUAUUCCUCCGUCUGCAAAGAAUGCUCACUGUUACAUCGACGAUUAUCUGGCAAUAACAAAUCGAUCUGGCCCAUCAACACCGGUCUUUAGGAUUCGUGGCAAGAUUUUCGUGAGACGGAUCAAUCCCAAAUGCCGAUUACUUGCCGAGCCAGUCUUUUGGUGGUUGACAACCUUCUGCAACCUCGUCAUCGCGGCCUGCCUCAGCUCAAUGGCUUGGUUCCACAGAUCAAUACCGCUGGUCACCAUCGGAGACGCGAUCGACUCGUUCAUAACCGAGCCUCCGCCUCCAGACUCAAAGACAAUCCCGAGAUCCAGCUGCACUUACCACCACACAUCGUUCACAAACAUCUUCCGUCCAGCACUUCCGCCGCGGGCAUACAAGCCCAAAGCAACGCCCUUAUGGAAAUCAGCCUCCUUGACGCGCUGGUCUCUAACCAUGGUCUGGUUUCUCUACAUGUUCUCCCAAAGUAUCUUGUUCUUCGGCAAAGCUCUGAGCAACGAAAACCCCGCAACACAACAUCUCAAGUCCCUUUUCACCUUCAAACUCGAUUCCAUGGACUCUGACCACAUCGUUUACGAUAGCGACGGCAUAGAUAGACCACCCCUUCGCUGGUGGCUCGUCCUGCUCGCCAACACGCCCCAAAUCUUUCUCUCACUGACGUACCUCUUCUUCAACAACAUCUUGACCAAGAUGGUUGCCGAACGGGAGUGGCACUCCUUCCAUACGCUCCGCACCUCUCAACCGCGCGGCUCCCAACGGUCCACCUUCUUCCUCAGCCUUCCCUACCGCUACGCCCUCCCCUUCGUCGCCGUUUCCAGCGUUAUGCACUGGCUGAUGAGCCAAUGCUUGUAUUUCACCGAAGUGGACUUUAUCGAUGUGGACGGAACCACGUUGGACAAGUCGAAUCCCACCACCUUUACGCUCGGGUACUCCCUCUGUGCCAUGUUCUGGGUGAUUGUGCUGGGAACGCUUUCGUGGGUGACAAUUCUGGGGUUGGCGGUUUUUGGCAAGUAUCCGGCGGGUAUGCUGAUUAUGGGGGGUUGCUCGGCGGUUAUUGCUGCUGCUUGUCAUGUGCAUGCUCCGCUAAUGAGGAAGGGGGUGAGACGGGAGAGAGAGGGUGGGGAUGGGGAUGGAGAUGGAGAUGAGGAAGAGGAGGAAGGAGAUACGGAUAUUGCGGCGGGUCCGUUGUCUUGGGGAGUCAUUAGGCAGGUUGUGGUGAGAGAUGAAGUGGAGGUUGAGGAGAAGUGGUUGGGGUUUACGAGGGGAGAGGCGGAGAGUCAUGUUGUUGGGGAGGUUUAUGGGUAG